AAUGGGGCUCCAGAUAUAUGUUUCAUCUAUACCAGAGAAAGCAGACUGAGUGGCAAGGCUUUUGUUGAACUUGAAUCAGAAGAUGAAGUCAAAUUGUCCCUGAAAAAAGACACUAUGGGACACAGAUAUGUUGAAGUAUUCAGGUCAAACAACAUUGAAAUGGAUUGGGUGUUGAAGCAUACUGGUCUAAAUAGUCCUGACACGGCCAAUGAUGACUUUGUAUGGUGUAGAGGACCCCCCUUUGGAUGUAGCAAGGAAGAAAUUGUUCAGUUCUUCACAGGGUUGGAAAUCAUGCCAAAUGAGAUAACAUUGCUGGUGGACUUCCAGGGGAGGAGUACGGGGGAAGCCUUCAUGCAGUUUGCUUCACAGAAAAUAGCUGAAAAGGCUCUAAAGAAACACAAGGAAAGAAUAGGGUACAGAUAUAUUGAAAUUUUUAAGAGCAGUCAAGCAGAAGUCAGAACUCACUAUGACCCACCACAAAAGCUUAUGCCCAUGCAGCAGCCAGGUCCCCAUGACAGACCUGGGGCUGGUAGAGGGUAUAACAGCAUUGGCAGGGGAGCUGGCUUUGAAAGGAUGAGGCGUGGAAUUUAUGGUGGAGGUUAUGGAGGCUAUGAUGAUUAUAAUGACUAUAAUGAUGGCUAUGGUUUGGGGUCAGAUAGAUUUGGUAGAGACCUCAGUUAA